UCCUGCGGAAGUCGUCUUUCUGUAGUCAAGGGAGUGAGGCCCACCGGGGCCGUGGGAGUAAGAUGGCGGGGAAGAAGAAUGUCCUGUCUUCUUUGGCAGUGUACGCAGAAGAUUCAGAGCCCGAGUCUGACGGCGAGGCUGGCGUCGAAACGGCGGGCAGCGCGGCUGAGGAGAAAGGUGGAUUGGUGUCUGAAGCCUACGGAGAGGAUGAUUUUUCUCGUAUCGAGGGUGAUGAAGAUGGUUACGAAGAAGAAGAGGAUGAGAACAGCAAACAGUCGGAAGAUGACGAUUCAGAGACUGAAAAACCUGAGGCUGAUGACCCAAAGGACAACCCAGAAGUAGAAAAGCGGGAUCCGCAGGAGUUAGUUGCCUCCUUUUCUGAGAGAGUCCGGAACAUGUUGCCCGAUGAAAUCAAGAUCCCGCCUGAGCCCGCUGGCAGGUGUUCGAAUCACUUACAAGACAAGAUCCAGAAGCUCUAUGAGCGGAAGAUAAAGGAGGGGAUGGAUAUGAACUACAUUAUCCAAAGGAAGAAGGAGUUUCGGAACCCCAGCAUCUAUGAGAAGCUGAUCCAGUUCUGUGCAAUUGAUGAGCUCGGCACCAACUACCCAAAGGACAUGUUUGACCCGCAUGGCUGGACUGAGGACUCCUAUUAUGAGGCAUUAGCCAAAGCCCAGAAGAUUGAAAUGGACAAAUUGGAAAAGGCCAAAAAGGAGCGAACCAAAAUUGAGUUUGUGACAGGCACCAAGAAAGGCACCACCACCAAUGCCACGGCCACUACCACCACCACGGCCAGCACCGCAGUCGCAGAUGCCCAAAAGAGAAAAAGUAAGUGGGACUCAGCCAUCCCGGUGACAACCAUAGCCCAGCCCACCAUCCUCACCACCACGGCCACUUUGCCGGCUGUCGUCACCGUGACCACCAGUGCCAGUGGCUCCAAGACCACUGUCAUCUCCGCUGUGGGCACCAUCGUGAAGAAGGCCAAGCAAUGACCAGAGGGGCUCACUUGGAGUGGCUCGGACAUUCUCCUCCCUCCUCCCGUCGAGGGGAGGGGCCGUUCCAGGACUCGCCAGGACUGCAGCCCAGAGACCGAUGCACAGGGCGGUCCGGUGUUGCGUGUUUCAGGACUGGGACCCACUGCCCAGAUGCGGCCCCGAGAGGAGCCUCUGUGUGGCUUUCCAGCCAAGAGAAGGACGUUGCCGCAGAGGAGGGGACGCUGUGGACAGUGUCCUUGCACUGCGUGGGCUGUCGCCCUAUUAAAAGUGCCGUGUUCUUACA